AGAAGAGAAGGAGCGUUAUUUUCUUCAGGAUGAGUUUCACGUGGAGCAGUAUCUUUAACAAACCUCGGCUGUGCCUCUCAUCCAUCACAGCAGCUCUUCCCUCCUGCCGGCCGCUCCACAUUGGCCAGCGAGCCUCCCUGACUAAAGCGUUCUCCUCCCGUGACGUGGAGCUGUUCGCCGAGCUCACGGGUGACACCAACCCCCUCCACCUGGACCCGACCUACGCCAAAACUACUUCUUUUGAGAUGCCCAUCGUCCACGGCGUCCUCAUCAACGGCCUGAUCUCUGCCGUGCUCGGCACCAAGAUGCCCGGCCGCGGCUGCAUCUUCCUGUACCAGGAGAUCCGCUUCCCGGCACCGCUCUACAUCGGCGAGGAGGUGCUGGCCGAAGCAGAGGUCCGCAAGAUCAAGAUGUCAUUUGCCUUCAUUGCAGUGACGUGCUCUGUCAAGGACAAGGUGGUGAUGGAGGGCGAGGUGAUGGUGAUGAUGCCUGAGGAGCAGCAGUAGAAGACGUAAGAGGACGGCGUUGUGACAGUUGUAGUGAUUAAAAACGGCCGCUGCAGCACACAGUGUGGCGCUCAGCUGAGUCUCUCAGGAUAAAUUAGUUCCAGAUAAUUUGGUUUGUUUGCUGUUAUUUUGUUAAGAGGUGCGUUUGGACAGAGUGGUGUCACACUUUAUGACUUAUUGCUUAGUGUGUUGAAUUUGUAAGAUCUGCUCUGUAUUUUAUUUGUGUGGAAUAAAAAUGUUAAACGCUGA